UGAUCAUGUGACUCUGCAAAAAGCUAAGCAUGACCUUCCUCCUGAAAGUCCUUCAGCAGUACAGAGAAGGACACACACACACACAUUUUAGAAAACAAAGUUUUUUCAUUCUGUAUUUUCUGACAAGGACACAUGCAGGUUUUAGGGCAGUGGUGACCUAGUGGUUAAGGAAGUGUACUUUUGUCUGAAAGGUUGCAGUUUGGAAUACACCAGCCAUAAGGUUACACUGAGGUAGCCCCACACACUGCUCCCUGGACGCUCACUUGAGCUGACCCCUGCUCUCUAAGGUGAUAGGUUAAAGGCAGAGAUGUCAUUUAAAACAAACUACUCUUACAAACAAACAACAACUCUAACUGUUGGUCCUCCUGUAUGGAUCAGUACACACAGCGUAUCUGUCUGUGAGGACUCACUGUUAAAGAUGACACUGAUGUAAGAUCUACCAGAUCACAGUGAUCUCACACCACAGCCUUGUUUUGGAGAAAUGAUCACACACUUAUUCAGGCAGUAGCAGUACACACACAUACUCCCUCUCUGUCUCUCUCUGUCUCUCUCUGUCUCUCUGUCUCUCUCGCCUGUCAUUCACAGGUGGUUGUAAUGUUCUCUUUUAUUCUGCCUUCAUAUCACUGCUCGGUGUGUUCUACUGUUUGGUUUCUCUCGUUUGAAAUAUUCCUGUAUUUUUCACACACUCUUCCACAAUAACAAUAUAAGGUAUUAAAGAAAUACACGGUUAGAACCAAGUACAAAACACUCAGCGCAGUAGUGGGUUUGCUCGACGUCAUACACGUGAUUGCACUAAUACGUGACGUCAGCGCGCAAUUCAGCAGCUGUAUAGUAGAUGUUCUGUAGAACCGGACUGGGGAGUCGGUCUGGAUGGAAGGAGACAGAGCCUGGAGUUCUGCACAGUGUGUGUGUGUGUGAGUGAGUGAGUGAGUAAGUGAGUGUGAGUGUGUGUUUUCAACUGUUCCAUCACAUCUACAUGAUGUGACUUUUUUUUAACAAAAAGACAAAAGCCAAAGAAAGAAUAUUUUUAAAAAUGUCGACGCCUAACCACAGCCUGUCCACGGCUACGCCGGAGCGCACGUCCGGGACACAGCUCCCACUGCUCCUCUUUGGCUUAUGCGUCACCAUCGCUGCGGCCACGGUGGUCGGAGGAGUUUCAUCUCUGUUGAGUCUCCUCAAAACCAGGAGGAAAAACCCUCUGUGCGUCAUAGUGGCCUCCAUGUCCGUGGAUGACCUGCUGAGUGUGGUUCCUCUGUGUCUGUUCCUGCUGCUGCAACUGGAGCCUGAGGACAGGGGGACAGCAGGUGGAGCAGAAGGAGCAGAAAGCUCCAGCAGAUCCAGCAGCAGCGGCAGCCUCUGUACACUGUCCGGACUCCUCUACGUGUUCCAGGGUCUCUCCAGCAACAUGAAGGCUUGUCUCAUCGCUGCUUACACUUUCUACGUGACUAAACGGUUCGGUUUGGGGUUCGGGUCAACGCUGCGAUGCCGGGGGUCGGUGCUGUGGGCCGUGGCAGCGGUUUGGGCAGUGAGCCUGUGCGUCAGCGUGUUGCCACUGUGUGGCUGGGGUAGUUUUACGCACGCGUCUCUGGGCUGUUUCCCGGAGAGCAGCAGCCUUUACAUCCUGCUACUCUUCUCCCUCUACUCUGUCUGUCUCUGCGGUCUCCUCAUCUUCUUCCUGCCGCUCACCUACCAGCUGCUCUGCUCCACUGAGCCGCACACGGCGCUGCUAUACCGCCGCUCCGUGGAGGUGAGCGGCACCGCACCGCUCUGCCGCCUGCAGGCUUUCUCCGAGGACAGUCUGGAUAAAAGUUUCUACAGGCGGCUGAGCCCGAGUUUGUGUAGGACAGUGAAGAGUGGAGAGCCGGGAGCUGCUGCUGCUGAAGACGCUGCUGAUGGAGACACCCCGGUGCUCUUUGCCCAGAGACGCUUUUCCAUGAUCCUGGCGGUGCUCAGAGUCGUGCUGUGGAUGCCUAUGAUGACUCUGGUGCUGCUUCGUCACGCACUCGACGCCCACAGCUCCUCCCUGGAGACUCUGAGCUUCUUCCUGACCCUGCUGGCUCCUGCAGUCACUCCUCUCUUCAUGUUGUCCGAGCGCUGGAUCCACCUGCCCUGUGGCUGCUUCAUCAACUGCAACCGUGACCAGGAGCAGGAAACCUCAACUGUGAAGAAAAGGUUUGAAUUCAGUCUUUCCGUCCAGCACGGCUGUGGUGUCUACAAACUCUCCCAUGCUUCCACGUCCCCCAGCUGCCCAGCUCUAGACAGACCAAACUAUCACAGCCUCUAUAACUGCCAUUUCUCCAAUCCUCGCCUGGACGCUCUGGAAGGCAGUGGCCUUCAAGCUCUGGAGCAGGGCUUUGACUUCAGCACCACGUCUCAUGUGGACAGCUCCUCUCAUGCUGAGCUGCUGUUGGACGCUGUGACAGUCGAAGACACGGAGGCAACAACCAACUCUCCUCCACUUCCCCACCAGAGCCACGGAGACGGUGAUGGAAUCUGCUGUGUUCAGCACGAGCUAAACCUCAACGACACCGCAUCUGUGUUCGAGGGGUCGGAAAGAAGGCUUUCCCAUGAGGAAUGUCAGAAGAUGGAGCUGACAGACUGGGAAUGGUGUCGCAGCAAAUCAGAGAGGACAUCAAGACAGCGUUCGUCAGGUGGUUUGUCGGUUCCUUUGUGUGCCUUCCAGGGCACUGUGUCUCUGGAAGCCCCCACGGGGAAGACCUUCUCCCUGUCUACCUACGAGGUCAGCAGUGAUGGGCUGAGAAUCUCCCCCAACACUGCUAAAAAGGUGGAGGUGUUUCGCUCUAAAUCUGUGGGCCAUGAGCCCAGUGCAGAUGAUGCAGCAGCAGCAGCAGCAGCAGCAGCAGGAGGUCAGAUCAGAAACAUCAGCAUCAGCAGUGCAGAGAUGCAGGUAGGAAUGGGAAUGGGAGCUGUAGUCGGGGACACCAAUGUGAAGAUCCACCUAGAAGUGCUGGAGAUCUGUGACAAUGAGGAGGCCAUGGACAGCGUCUCCAUUGUGUCAAACAUCAGCCAGUCCUCCGCCCACACUCGGUCACCAUCGCUGCGAUACUCCCGGAGAGAGAAUCGCUUUGUCUCCUGUGACCUGGGCGAGACGGCAUCCUACUCCCUGCUGAUCCCCAGUGGUGGAAAUCCUGAGAGGGAGAACAUCAACAUUAGCAUUCCCGACACCGUGGAGGCUCACCGACAGAACAGCCGGAGACAGAUGCAGGACAGCACUGGGUACCACGAAGAGAUCCAGAUGCUGAACGAGGCCUACAGGAAGUCGUCAGCUGAUAGAGAGGAGUGAGAAAAAUCUAUUGAAGCCUCACUGCCAACGGACCCCCCUGUCACUUCCUUCACUUCCUUCUUUGAGGUCAUUUUAGCGACACAGAUCCAGGGUUAGGGAAACACAGGGUCUUAAUGUGACUGCUGGAGUCUUGACCACAAUGGAAUGUCCACGAAGAAGAGAAGUGUUUCUGAAUGUUCACCUUCACCAAAUGCCUUCUCUUGGUCUUUCUCAAAGUCCUUUUAGCCAAAAAAUGCUGUAACUGCCUGCCGUUCCCAGAGAUUAUUAAGCGAUCUUCUUUAGAAAGAAAAGAACUAAUGAGUUUAAAACUUUGGGAUUUACCAAAGGUCCAUUCAGACCAGUGGUCCGUUCUUUGAAGACAGUUCCUGUAGUGGAUCAGCCAAUCACAGUGGAUUAGUGCCCAGAGGUGACCAGGGCUGAAGCAUCAUUUACACUGCCAGAGGAAAAACAUUUUUCACCUUCGUCUUAGUGUUGGACCAUCACAGUGUUUGGUCCAAAAGGUCCAUUUAACCUCAGCGGGUACACCAACAGAUCUUCCUCAUUCUGUUAAUAUUCUGAGUUGAUCUGAAGGACAUGGCUAGAAGAUUAAGCUUUUUGGUCAUAAACUGUUAGAAUUAAAAAAAAAAAAGUUAAUGUGGAUUUAAUUGUGAUUUUUAAUCUGUUCCCUAAAAAGUGACACAUUUUACUAGAUGUUCUGUGGAUGCUUCCUCCUCCAAAGAAACUUCCUACUUUACUACCAGUUCUUCCUCCUCACCUUCAUCAUAAAUGACAUCUCACCUCAUACUCUUCAGCAGUGAGGUGACAUCACAGCCUGAAUGUAGUGAUAAUGUAGAACUAGUGGCCCAGCAUGGCCCAGGGGUUCUGCAGAUGUUAGUCCUCACUGUUCACUCACAGCUACGUGGAUGUCUGCAACUCUGUGGAGGUCAGAUCCAGAUCAAGAAUCUGGAUCAGGAAGCUGCUUCCUGAUCCAGACAUAGGUCUGAUCAGCUUUGAAACUUCGUCCAUAAUAUUUAAGAUCUGUUUUCAGAACUGGUUCAGAACUUACGGUACCUCUGGGAAGGAUGCAUUUCAUCAUGACAUAUUCCCAGAGUGACUGAACUGCAGCCCCUUCUCCUCCUCUGGUUGGUCCUGUUGGGACUGUAGGAGGAGACGGACCAGGAGGUGGAUCAGUUGACAGAGGAGAAAACAAACAGACUUCUUCAUCUGUAUUCAUCCCACAGCAGCUUCUCUCCACCACAGACUUUGACGUAAAGGAGGAGGGGCCACUGUGAUGUCAUAUGCCAGCUUCCAGGGAUGAUGUCAGCAGUGAGUCAGCUGUGUGGAAGGACGGGGGGGAUCUGACCCAGGCCAGUGGUCCCAGUGGUCCAUUGUUAGAGAAAGAAACAGAGAGAAAGAGAGAGUGAGAGAGACAGACAUAAUAUAAUUAUUAUUAAUAUUAUUACCAUGUGCUGCUACAUACCCAUAGAUGUAUUGUUGUUAUGAUAAUCUCAGAGACUAAAGAUUGUUUUACAUAAGGCUUUUGAGGAGGAGGUAACAGUCAAACUGACUGAGGAGGAGGUGGAGGUGUAGGAGGAGGUGUAGGAGGCAGUAGAAGUGUUGCAGGAGGUGGAUUCUGAUGUAGAUUAGUUUUCCAGCCUGGAGCACAUUGACGUGACUGACAGUGCCAACAGCAUACGAAUGUACUGCCCUGAACGACUGUAGAUAAAAAUCAUCUUUGUCAGAUGACAGUCAGCCAUGGUGAUACAACUGUUCUUUUCAGUCGGACUGCAAAUGGAACCUUCUUUUAUUUUAAAGCUAAAGGCUGAUCCUCUGUCUACUCUGUGACAUUUUCAUCGUUUUAAAGAAGCUCUGCAUAGAGUUCUAUUUUGACAAGACUUUUCUCAAGAGCUUACAGUUGUUUGUGAUAGGAGAGAAUUUAGUCUAUGUUUCAAAAUAAAACAUGUUUUCACUCUGAUAACUACUAAAAAUAUGUUUUCGCCCAGAAUUGCUCUAUGGUUGGAAACCUCUGUAUUAACAUUAAAAAUGUUGUAGUUAAUCAUUGAAAAUAUUUUGUCAGAUUAUUGAAUUCCACCUUUACCAGACGUAUGUGUGUUAUAUUAAUGUUUGUUACAUGUGUUGUUGUUGCACCGGUAUUUUCAGAUUUUUCUUUAACUCUGUCCAUAGCUGCUAACAUGUCAUUAAAGAUUAUAAUACUGGACAAGAGUUCCCUCUUGACAGAUGUUCCACUUCAUGGCUCAGAACUUCUUACUGUUACUGAAACUAGGAAGUGUCCUGUGACAAGUUUUUGCUGAUAUUUUACA